AUGACAGAAACCCAAAGGAGAAUGAUGGUGGCAAUAAUUGUCUACCUUUUGAAGCCUGCAGACCUGCCAAACGAUGUCGUCGAGCAUGAACUUCUUGUCGUGAGCAAAUGUCUGGAAGGAUACCCAGAUCGCGAAUUGGCAACACCGGAGGAGGCAAACCUGGUCAACAGAUUGGGUGAGCUCGCCGAAAGGUCUCUGGAGAGGUCCGAUCAGACCAUAAUGAUGAACCGACGCAAAAUGGUGUUCACAUGCUGGAUCCUGUGUGGGAUUAUGGAUGCGUGGCACUGGGAUCCUCAAACCAUAUGGGAAAUGUUCGAGAAAGUAACGGCGGAAAGAGCCGUUGGACCAGUGGAUAGUCUUCGGGACAUUCUGAUAUACGACAACACCUUGAAGUUCAUACCUCCCUGUUUCGGCGCGCGUCGACGGUAUAAUCCUCGAUAA